GUUCACGGAACAACCUAAGACUAUAGGAGCACGCCUCAAGCCUUGCCAUAUCCAAUCGGCAACACAGUACGGAUUACCACAGUAUCUCGCCAUGGUCAUUACUUCACUGCGAUCAAAUUGUGUAUAUUACGCAUAUGGCAUGAUGCCCAAAUUCCACCUACAAUUCAAUUUUCCAGCUCUGGGCUGAGCAUAGCCACUAACGACCACAACCACACAUACGCUCUACGAGGCCCUCUAGCACGAUGAUGCUCACUUCAAGGCACACGCCAUUCUCUAAACCCCUAUCUCGUAGCUAUGCGCCAACCGUCAACAGGACGUUGCGGCUCCGCUGUCGCGCAGAGCAGGACACUCCAGCCUCACCAAAGCCAGCUGUUGAGGCAUCACCAACGCCCGGCGACCAUGUCGAAACAAAACAAGCCCAGUUGAGUGCGCCCCUCCUGCGUAAGGGGCAAGGAACGGCAAUUGUCACAGGAGCCAUCUCAGCCAUCCUUGGGCUUGGAUACCUGGUUUUGGUGUGGCUAAUCGAUUCCCGCGGAGGUCAACUACAACCUCCACCUCCCGAAGCAUUCUUGCCCUAAAGCGUUGGCGACCCAAAGCCGAUGGAUAUGCAUCGUAUUUGUGUUUUGGGUGACCCAGCGUGCUGAGCACCACAAUUCUGGGACUAUCCGGAGCCUGUACGUUUAGCAGGGCGUCGACAACUGCGGCCCCGCACAAGCCACGGAACAUUGGAUAGGACAGCAAGCGACGUGCGUGGAAUGGACUGGGUCGAUUAUGGCGCACUGGAACUGGCACGCUGAAUACGAACGUUACAGUGGCUGCGUGCACUGGUUCAUGGGGAGGCAACAUAGCUCACCCUUUCCCAGAGGCGUGUUGUCAGGGGAGACCAACGAAAGGCGUAGGCGAGAAUCGAUAGAUGUCGAGGUGUAGCGAGAAUCGUGGAAUAGGUGACGUACAGGCUUGGAUGGGGCCAGCGCAGGCAAUGUUAGCACCGUCCAGGCGAAGCACAUCUUAAGGGCUUUCCAUCCUCACUAACACGUGGUUGGAGCAAGUCCUGUGAAGGCGUGUUGGGAGGGAAGUCAUUGUUGGAUGCAUGUAGGCGCAUGUUGGUACGAUAUGGAAGGACUACCGGUACCGAUUGUGGCCAGUGGGCUUCAGUAGGAGUUGCAUGUGGCAGCAGACCUACCUGCACGGCACGACAACGGUGCUGUGGUUUGCCAUUUCGGACUUGUGUAGAACGUAUUGAUCACCACAGCGGCACGGGUAGGUGUAAAUGAGCUCUCCUUGUCCUGCGCAAGGACGUGGGCCACGGUACUCUUACACGUCAGAAAAAGGAGACUUGGAUGUGCCUGAUGCAUUAAGCCCUUUCGUGUGAAUACUGUCUCGUGAAGCCUGCAGCCCUAUUGCGCUGACCUUUGUGUACAUCAAUUGAUAUACACAAAGGAGCAGUAACAGCAC